AUGGGCUGCGCGGCGAGCUCAUCGACACCUUUGGAGCAGAUGGACUCAGAGGCCUCCUUUGAUGUCUACACCUGGCGGCACUUACCGAGGGAUCAGAUGGGCCCGCCAAACCGGAAGUUGCAUGAGAAGCACCGCGUGAAGCUGCAUCUGUUUCUACUGGAAGUCAGUGAUCAGCCACAGAAGUUCUCAGAGAUCGUGGAGCAAAGGUGUUUUGGAUCCUCGCUGGGGGCGUGCACUAUCCGCCUGUGGUGGAGUCGAGCGAGUACUCGCCGUGUCAUGCCGCGAUCAUCCAUCAUGCCUAUAGGUGGACGUGCAAGGUGUCCACCAGUAUAG